AUGGUUGCCCGGGUCUCUGCAACAGAUCCAGACUGUGGAGUCAACGCUGUUGUUAACUAUACUCUCGGUGAUGGAUCUGGAAAGGUGAAAGAGUUCAAAGUCCGUUCUGAUACGGGGGAAAUUUGUAUUAGUUCGCCGCUAGAUUACGAGACCAGGAAUGUAUACGAAUUUCCUGUUAUAGCAACGGAUCGAGGGGGGCUAAGUACCACAGCCAUGCUCAAAAUCCAAAUCACCGAUGUCAACGACAACCGCCCUAUUUUCUACCCACCGGAAUACUACGUUUCGCUCCGCGAAAGGGGUUCGUCAUCCUCAGCCACAACUCCGAUAGUCGUCGUAGCGGCCACCGAUGCCGAUUCUGGAAAAUUCGGUACCGUGACCUACAAAAUCGUAGCAGGAAACGAAGCAGGGCUCUUCAGGAUAGAAAGGGCAACAGGGGAGAUUUUCCUCAGCAGGCCUAAUUUGCUUUCGGCUAGAAUACAACCUUAUCAGAGACUGAAUAUAAGCGCUGUCGACGGAGGUAACUUGAAGUCUCUGAAGGAUGCUGAGGUUUUCAUCAGCGUGAUAGAUUCCGCUCAGAGGCCGCCUAUUUUCGAACAUUCUAGAUACACCUACUCUGUUAGUGAAAAUGUCAGGAGAGGGACUUCUGUGGGCAACGUGAAAGCUACCGUUUUUGAUAAUGCCGGUAGGGGUACUAUACGGUACUACAUAAACUCGGGUGAUCCAGAUGGAUAUUUCAGAAUCGAUCCAAUUACUGGAGCCAUUAUAACAUCUUCAAGCUUGGAUCAUGAGAGCAAAUCAAGUGUGCUACUCAAUAUUCAAGCUACUAGUGGUGAACCUCCUGUAUAUGGGCAUACACAGGUAAACAUCGAAAUAGAAGACGUAAACGACAACGCUCCCGAGUUCGAAUCUUCCACGGUCCGCAUCUCGGUUCCAGAAAACGUCGAAAUAGGUUUGCCCCUCUAUUCCGCCCACGCCAUCGACAAAGAUUCCGACAAAAAUGGCGUUGUUCGCUACAAAAUCGCCAACAACGCUUACGGGGGCCUCUUCAAAGUCGAUGCCAAAUUGGGCGAUCUAACAAUUACAAGACAUUUAGAUUAUGAAACGACCCAACGACACACUCUGGUCAUUACUGCUACCGAUAUGGGCAUUCCUGCACUAUCUGCCAACUUGACGGUGUUCGUCGAGGUACAGGAUGUUAAUGAUAAUCCGCCAGUCUUCGAAAGGAACGAAUACUCUCUUAGUGUUUUGGAGUCUCUGCCAGCCAAUACACAGAUUCUUCAGCUAACAGCUGUAGACGCAGACACAGGUAACAAUGCCCGGAUCACCUACCGCUUACUAUCUUCGAACGUUUCCGAUGACUCGGACAACCAGGAAAUCUUCGGAAUAUUCCCUAACAGUGGUUGGCUCUACCUGCGUGGAAACUUGGACAGAGAAGCGAAGGACAAAUACGUCCUUGUUGUGGCAGCAACUGACAACGGGACCCCUUCCGAAACGGCUACCACAAGAGUCCUUGUUGACAUCCUGGAUGCUAAUGACAACGAUCCGGCGUUCGUGAAGGAGUUUUACGAGUUCAGCAUCGAAGAGAAUUUGAGAAGAGGCACUAGCGUGGGAAAGGUUUUGGCGACUGAUGCUGAUAUUGGUGAAAACGCUGCUAUCAGAUACAGCCUCAUUCCCAGCAAUAGCAGCUUCCAGAUCAACGAAAUUACGGGUGAUAUAACUACCAAAGAUGUUUUGGACAGAGAAACCAAACAACAUCACGACUUGGUUGUUGAAGCCAGAGACAAAGGCUCACCUCCUAGGAGUUCAAGGGUUGUCGUGAAAAUCGUCGUAUUGGACGUAAACGACAAUACCCCGGAAAUCGUAGACCCCCAAGAAGAUGUCAUCAGCGUCCGAGAAGAACAGCCACCAGGUACCGAAGUUGUUCGUGUGAGAGCAAUCGACGCUGACAACGGAAACAACGCCUCCCUCACAUAUUCGAUAGUGAAAAAUCAUGAUUCAGACGGACACGGUGUCUUCGCCAUAGAUCCAGUCUCCGGCGUCAUAAAAACCAGGAUGGUUCUGGACCACGAAGAGAAAACUAUCUACCGUCUUGCUGUGGCAGUUACGGAUGGAGGAAAACCACCCAAGCAGAGCAUUCGAAUGCUGAGGGUCGAAGUAUUGGAUCUGAACGAUAACAGACCCACUUUCACGAGUUCAAGUUUGGCUUUCAGAGUUGAUGAAGACGUUCCCGUUGGCUAUGUAGUCGGAUCAAUCGCUCUCACGGAACCUGUUGAUGAGAAUUCGCUAACAGGUUCCGGAGGGUAUGUAACCUACUCCUUGACGUCUUUGUCUACGGAUACAAUAGGGGAUGCUUUUGACAUCGACAGAAGUACAGGGUCUCUUGUUGUGGCUAGGCGACUAGAUAGAGAGACACAGAGUGAAUAUCGCUUGGAGGUAAGAGCUCUGGAUACCAGCGCCAUGAACAAUCCUCAGAGUAGCGCAGUCACUGUCAGAGUAGACAUUGCCGAUGUAAAUGAUAACGCACCGAAAUGGCCACAAGAUCCCAUAACCAUCCCCAUCAACGAGCACACCGAAAUAGGUACUCCAGUCUUCAAUUUUUCAGCGUUCGAUGCAGACAGUGGAAGUAAUAGUCAGUUGAGGUAUAGCUUGCAGAAACAACCCCACACGGCUGAUAUAUUUUCCGUGGAUUUGCUCACUGGAACACUUGUUUUACUUUCAAAUCUGGAUUUCGAAACGACUCAGGAGUACACCAUUAUCGUGACUGCAACUGAUCAGUCACAAAACGUCUCUGAAAGGCUUAGCACCUCUGUUACUGGUCGAAUAAUUGUUACUGACUUCAACGACAACGCUCCAAAAUUUGUGGUUCCCACUACCUCCACAGUACAAAUAAGCGAGUCUACUAGCGUGGGGAUGACCAUUGCUCACAUCAUCGCCAUCGAUAUGGAUAGUGGAGACAAUGGCAGAGUUACGUAUAUAAUUUCAAACGGGAAUGACGCGGGUCUAUUUUCAUUGGGGUAUGACACUGGGACCUUAACUCUGGCGAAGCCUUUGCCUUCUAGUCAUAAAUCGUUUGUUCUAAAUAUUACCGCGAACGAUCAUGGAACACCUACGAAGCAAGCUACUAUGCAACUGAAAUUGGUUGUGCAGGGAUCGCUCAAUAGUUCGUUGAAGUUCUUGGAGUCGCAGUACUUGGUUAGCGUUCCGGAAGACGUGUCUGUUGGAAGUGUUGUUACCAAAGUCUCUGCGAGGUCCGGAAUUACAAAUGACAAUAACAUAACAUUUAUCAUACCACCAGCAAUGGCACACAGUACCUUCGAAAUCCUUUCCCCAUCUGGUGAGGUGCUUACGAAGAAACCUUUGGAUAGAGAAGAAGUCGAAGCAUAUGUUAUACCUAUCUACGUUUCAGAUUGGACUCAUUCCAUGACUUUAUUUGAUUCCACAACUUUGGUCAUUAAAGUAACGGAUGUCAAUGACAAUACUCCUAAAUUCCAACCGGGAUCCUGCUACCGACUUUCCGUUCCUGAAAACUCUGAAACUGCUGUAAUCCACACGGUAACAGCAGAAGACCUGGAUGAAGGUCCCAAUGGGGACGUUUCCUACAGCAUCACCAGUGGUAAUAAUGGAAACAAGUUCAGCGUUGAUCCCAAAUCUGGAGAUAUAACUUCCCGGCCUCUGGAUAGGGAAAGCCAGUCCAGGUAUUCAUUGACCAUCACUGCGCGGGAUCGAGGAACACCAACAUUACAAAGUUCCUGCAAUUUGAGUAUUUACGUCGAAGACCAGAAUGAUAAUGACCCAAAAUUUGAUUUGUCGAAAUAUUCCACGGCCAUUUUGGAGGAUGUGCCAAUAGACACUUCCGUGUUAACUGUUCAUGCAUCCGAUGCUGAUCUAGGAGUGAAUGCUCGCAUCAUUUAUUCUUUGGCCAACGAGAGCCAUUGGUUAUUUCGAGUGGAUAAUAAGACUGGACUUAUUACUACUGCUGGGCUCUUCGACAGAGAGCGCCACAACCUCUACAACUUCCUUGUAGUUGCUACUGAUAGCGGAAAAUACAACGCCAGGUCUCAAAGCGUGCCCGUGACCGUAAAAAUAAUGGACGUUAACGACAAUAAUCCUGUUUUCAUCAAAUACCCUUUCAAAGAAAAAGUGACCCCUUACAUCCAACCAGGUCAGAUGAUCCUCAAAGUUUCUGCCAACGACGUCGACGAAGGUACCAACGCAGAAAUUGUCUACAGUAUCUUGAAUGAUAAUUCUUACGGAAAGUUCAGGAUCAAUCCAAACACAGGCAUACUGACCACUACUCAAUCCUUGGCCAGCAACAAAGGAAAAGUUUCGUACUUGAACAUUCUAGCUACUGAUAAGGGAAAUCCUCCUAGGAGCUCAACCGGUCUCAUCGAAAUCAUGGUUGGGGACCUCCAAGAAGGUUCCCCAUUGCUCAGAUUUCAGAACGAUACCUACACGAUAACCGUUAGCGAAAGCGCGGAGCAGUUCCAAGAUAUAAUACAGGUGGCAGCAGUGAGAACGGAUGGCCGGCGUCAAAAAAUUAUCUACUCCAUCGGCAGUGGUAAUGAAGAAAACAUCUUCGUUAUCAAUUCCAGUAGUGGCAUAAUUCAAGUGCGAGACCCAAAGAAUUUGGACUACGAGCUGCAUAAAGAGAUUGUCCUGGUAGUCGAGGCUAGAACCGAAGGGAACCCGAAUCUUCAUGGGUACUGUAACGUCAUUAUUCAAAUCACCGAUGAAAACGAUAACUCGCCGAAAUUCACUCAGCAACAGUAUUCAGCCAGUGUUUGGGAGGGCAAUAAGAAGGGGGCGUUCGUACUGCAGGUGGUUGCUUUUGAUGCUGAUGAAGGAUCCAAUUCUAGAAUACUCUAUCAUAUUGUGGACGGGAAUCACGAUAAUGCUUUCAAGAUUGAGCCUGCUUUUAGUGGUACAUUGAAGACUAAUAUUGUCCUGGACAGAGAAAUUCGUGAUUUGUAUAGAUUGACGGUGAUAGCAACGGACGAAGGCAUUCCCCAGAUGACUGGCACAGCGAGAAUCCGCAUCAACGUCGUCGACGUCAAUGAUAACCAACCGACAUUUCCACCACACAGUAUCAUUACCGUCAAAGAAGACACACCUGUAGGAACAGUUUUGACAAUCGUUACGGCGAAUGAUGUUGACACAUAUCCUCCUCUCACGUAUGCUUUUGCUGAGAAGAGCGACGUGGAUGAUUUGAAGUACUUCAGUAUCGACAGAUACAGUGGAAAGGUCGUGCUUAAGAAGAGUCUGGACUUUGAAUUGUGGCAGGAGUGUAAACUAGAAAUAGUAGCCUCAGAUACGGCCCAUGUGGCACACACUACGCUUACCAUAAAAGUUUUGGACGUUAACGAUAAUGCACCGGUGUUUCUCCAGGCGUCAUACGUGGCCAGUUUACCAGAUGGAAAUUCUGCAUCGCUCGUAGAUAUCGUCACCCUGAAUGCAACAGACCCGGACACAGAAGAGAACGGAAAAAUACGUUACUCCAUAGUGAAUCUAACCCCAGGAUUCGUGAUUGGAGAAGAUGAUGGAAUCCUGAGAACAAAUCUUUCCACAGUUCUAUCCCACACAGAAGACAUUUUGUUGACUGUCAAGGCAACAGACAUGGGAGAUCCACUUCAACAUUCCUUUGUUCCUGUUAGGAUAAGGACUAAUGUUGGCUCAGGAUCUGGUCAGAAGUCGGUCAACAAGUUGGAUUACAAAAUCAACAUACCUGAAAACACUACAAGAGGUUUCACAAUCAUACAUUUAGCAAAACCACCACAACACAAUGAAGUCACCUUCUUCAGAAUCGUGGAUGGAAAUGACGACGGCCUGUUCGAAAUAUCCAACCCUUCGGGAGCGGUCAUAUUAGUGAAACCUUUGGACAGAGAACUUCAAGAAAUCCACAACUUAAAAAUUUCCGCCGAUGAAUCAAACUUGGUUAUUAUGCACGUGAGGGUCAAUGUGGAUGACUCUAAUGACAAUGCUCCUAUUUUCCAAUCCACCGAUAAUGAAAAAACUGUUAGUGAAAAUCUGGCGGUGGGUUCCAAAGUAGAUACCAUCAUCUCAACGGAUGCGGAUCAGCCUAACUCACCAAACUCAGAAGUCGUGUAUGACAUAACGUCGGGCAACGAUGAAGGAAGUUUCAGAAUAGACUCAAAGACUGGCGUAAUUUACGUUAACAAAUCCCUUGAUUACGACCAGGGUAAAACGGAGUACAAUCUUAUAAUUAGAGCGUGUGACAAAGGGACACCAGUACUCUGCACACUCAAUACUUUUCUGAUCAUCCUGCAGGACGAAAACGAUAACGAACCCAAGUUUCCAGUCGCCGAAUACUUGGAGUUCGUUGGCGAGAACGAACCAAUUGGUACUGUCAUAUUCACAGCCCAUGCAACCGACUUGGAUCGAGGAUUCUUCGGCGCUGUCAAUUAUUCCAUAGUUGGCUCGAAUAACUAUGCUCAAUUAGAUACCUCUUGGAAGUUGUUCAGGAUAGAUUCUUCCACGGGGAUGGUAACCACCGCAAUAGGUUUCGAUUACGAGCAGCGGAGUCGAUACAAUUUUAUGAUACAAGCUACAGAUGUUGGUGGAAAGUAUUCCUUGGUGAGAGUAAGAGUUGAAAUCGAAGGAAAAGACGAGUUUCAUCCGCAGUUUACGGAAAGAUCUUACAAAUUUACUCUGCCGAUAUCAAGUGCUCUCCCAGCAGGUUACGUAGUCGGGCAUGUUACAGCUACAGACAGAGAUAAGGGCCCCGAUGGUCGGGUGGUUUACCAAUUGAAUACUCAACACUCAAUAUUCAAAGUCAAUCGGACUACUGGAGAUAUAAUGAUCAAAAAGAAAUUCGACUAUUCGGAACUGCCAACUCCAGGACGAGAAAUGAGCUUGGUGAUCAUCGCUAGUUCUGGAAGGCAAGGUUCCCUGACGAACACGACCGUGGUAGAAAUCAUCCUGGAUCCGCUGGCAGAUCCUGGUACCAACUUGGCGAUCAACAGAGAGAACAGCACAACGGUAUCUGCCACGAAUGGUGGAAUAGCAGACUGGGCGUUGGGACUCUUGAUAGCACUGCUUCUUCUCAUCAUUACCUUCGGAGCAGUGUUCGUGUUUCUCCACAUGAGGAACAAGCGUAAUAGAAAAAUCAACAAACCGAACCUCAGCUCGGAGACUGUUUCCACGUCCAAUAACUACGUGGAUCCGAGCGCUUUCGACACUAUUCCCAUCCGGGCUGGUGUAGGUGCUAUUCAAGGUGGAAACAACCAGUUUGCCCCACCGAAGUAUGACGAAAUUCCGCCCUACGGCGCUGGACAUCCCGCGAGUUCCAACUCAGGAGCUGCUACGACUUCGGAACUUUCUGGAUCCGAACAGUCCGGUUCAAGCGGCAGGGGGUCUGCCGAAGAAGGAGAAGAUGGCGAAGACGAAGAAAUCAGAAUGAUCAACGAAGGCCCUCUUCAGAGGGACUCUGGCAUCCACCGACAGAACGACGAUGACAACCUCUCGGAUGUUUCGGUGAGGAACACACAAGAGUAUCUGGCGAGGUUGGGCAUCAUUAACAACAGCAACUCAAGUCAUCCACAGACUGCAUCCAGGUUAUGUGCUGAUCCUCGUGCUGGCACGAGCAAGGAGAACAUCCACCACCAUCAAUCGGUGCCUUUGGAUAAUCUUCACAUAUUCGACGAAGAAGGCAAUGAGAACGAUAUUACAAAUAUGAUCUACGCGAAGUUGAACGAUGUCGCAGGGAGCGACAGGGGCAGCUCGACGAACGAAGGAGGCGCUACGAAUCUCGCGUCAACGAUGGAUCACGUGAUGGGUAUGGGAGGGUAUGGAGACGUGCCAACGGUGACCCACCAGCCGUCCAUGAACGGAUCCUUGAGCUCCAUAGUGCACAGCGAAGAAGAACUGGCGGGGAGUUACAACUGGGACUAUUUACUAGACUGGGGUCCCCAGUAUCAACCCCUGGCUCACGUGUUCUCAGAGAUUGCAAGACUGAAAGACGAUACGGCAUCCGUUCACAGUGGUGCAAGUGGGACUUCUAGUGUUAGGAGUAAAAACUCGGCGGCUCUCGCGAAGAACAUUCCUCCACCGCUGAUUACCAGCGUGGCUCCCAGGUCGAUAGCGAUGCCUCUAUUGAGCUCUAGAGGCGUGUCCAGUCACCACAACGUGGGGCACAACCAGAUGAUGAUGCUGCCGAGGUCGCCCAUCAAUCACGACGCGUCCGGGGCCACGUUUAGCACUUCCACGGCAAUGUCGCCUAGUUUUUCGCCCUCGCUGUCGCCCUUAGCAACUAAAUCGCCGUCGGUUUCACCCCUGGUGGCACCUGGUUUGCCUACAUCGCAUCACGUGAUGACGAGACAGUCUGCGCAAAGGAACAAGUCCGUUGUCGAUACCGAACUGAGAAUAUGAUGCGGUGUGCGUUUUAAGUUAAGUGCGAUUGGCUGUGCUCUCAAUACAGACUGACAGUUUUAGAAGACUUUCAAUUCGAUUUUUGUAAAUUCGUGUAUAUAGAUGUAGUGAUGAAAUGCUCAUUUAGGUAGCGAAACUGCCGGCCAUUCUUAGCCAUGACGAUUACUAACAGUACCCCAGUUUGUUAUAUUUUCAAAUGCCCAAACAAUUGUAUUGAGUAGAAACUGAUUUUUGUUCUGAGGAUUUGUUAAAUAUGAUUGGUUAUUAUAUAAUUUACAUUAUCUCUAAUCGUUUUAUGCAGUUUUCAAAAUUUAAAUGUUUUAAAAUGUUAUUUCAAAACAAUGGAAUUUUUUAGCUAUCUCUUUUGUACAAGCCAGCCAAACCUAGGUUUUCAUCUAAUAAUAACUUCAAUUUUUGUUAUGGGGGGAUCCAUCAUUCUUAGUUUUCGGGAAAACGCAUGAUACUUAUUCUCAUCCACUUGAAAUAGAUUACUCAAUCAACCUUGUUUGAUAAGGAUUUAGUUUGGAACACAUUUUUUUUUGAAGAGUUGACUAUUAUGUGUAUUUGUCAUCAGCGUCAGUUGUCUUAUAAUAUUGAUGAUUAUAUUAUUCUUUUUUGAAACAAUGUUUUCUUUUUUGUAUUUAUUUUUCAUUUAGUUUUGAAUAUUAUAGCUGAUCAAACUAUUUUUAUGACAAGUAACCCUAAUAAUAGAUUCACCAAUCAGACAACUCAGAAAGAAUAAAUGAAAACCCUUAUUUGUAAUAUAUUGAUUUCUUUCUUGUUUCAUAUUUUCUAAUAUGUUGUUUCACUAUUGUUUUGUGUUUUCCAUUUUUCUAAUGAUAGUUCUCAGCUGAUUUUGUAUUUGCAAGUCUUUUUAUAAUUCUCUAACAUUUUCAGAUGUCUUUCCUUUUCUAUUUCUCCAACUUUUUUUUUAAUUUGAUUCAGUUUAUUUUCGAACUUUGUUUUAUAGUAAAUUGAAUGCUAAUGAUUACUGUCAAAUAUCCACCUGAUAAAUUUAUUACAUGAAAUAUUUACCUGGCUAUGAUGGUAAAUAUUUCGGAUAUUCACCUAUUUAUCUAGGAUAGAUAGCUAAAUUAUUCUAUCUAGGAUAGAUAAGUUAAUAUUUUAUGUGAAAAUUUAUCAAGUAGAAAUUUGUCAAGUAAUGAUAGUCCUUAGGUUUCAACGACACAGAAUUUGUUUAGUCAGUAUGGUGACGCCUAAAAAUGCUAUUAGGUAUAUAGCGAAACACGUGUCGCGGUUUUGUAAUCUGUCAUGUGGAAAUUUCACAUUGAAGUGUGUUUUUUGAAUAAGUGAUAAUGGAUUCUCAUCAAGUAUCGGUCAGUGUUGUCUAAAAUAUUGAAACGUGCACAUACUAUUUCGAAACAACUGAAGUUAAUUGAAAUAAUAUGGGGCAAUUAUUCUUAAAUUUACUGAAAAUCACUCUCUUCUCAAUUCCUCGUAUUUUUUUGUCGAAUCGAGUAUUGUUCGAUAUGAUGUAAGCUUUAAAUUAUUGAGUAUUGUGUAGAUAUUGUAUUUAAAUUUUUAUACAUCUUUGAGUAGUUGUAAGGAAUCUAAAUUAUUUCAAAUUGAACUGUUAACCAAAUUUCUAGGCAUUGUAAUUGUUUCGAUUGUUUACUGUUGUAAGUGAACGAGUAAAAAUACUGAUACUGAUAUCAGUUUGUAGAAAAUGUACAAAAUGAAUAAAUAAAUUUAUUAAUGAA